GUGAAUGAUGACGAAUUGGCAGGUAUUGCAUCAGCCACGGCUACAAGACUCAUGACACGUUUUCUUUUCACUAGAUUUCAUCAUCCUUUCAAAAUGGCGGAGUAAAUGCGGAAAGUGUAAACUUCUAAGGCAUUUAUUGCUACGUUUUAACCAUGGCAGCCCACACCAAAGACAGAAUCCAUUUGCACUAUAUAAGAUUAAGAUUUAUUAAUGGCGAGGACACAUACGAAGAAAACCAAGAUGAAUACAAUUAUAGAAUUUGCAGAUCUUCUUUCCGCAGAGGAGAUGGAAUUUUUUCCAUCGUUAGACAUCUCUCUGCCUCUGUCGACGGAGUUCGGUAGCGACAUUGAUGACGUGUUACAAGGAAAUACCGUAAUCAAAGAUGCAAGCCAGGAUUUUUCGGCUGACGAUAUCCUUCAGGAGUUGAAUUUUGAAGGUGGAGAUAAACUCUUAGAAACAGACUGGUUGACUCAAAAGUUUGACUUCAGUAGUUUUGAUCCAGGUUUGGCAACCACUAGUGAAACAUUUGAAGAACUGUCUCAAGUUGAAAGCACGGAGCUGGAAAGUUCUCUAGUUGAGUUAGACAAUGCACUUCUAGCCCACCCCAUGGGUCAAGAACAAUUAUUAAUUCCUGUAGACAUGCCAACUACACCUGAACAGAAGGUUCCUGAGUUCUUGGCUGUUUCUCCUUACAGUGUUGAUAGUGCUGUUUCUCCAGGAUGUGUGACAUCACAGGACUCCAGUCAAUCAUCACCAUGCUCUCCAUACUCGGAUUCUAGUAGUGAGAGCACUGUGUCCUUGACUGACCUCCUGACUGAUGACUCCAGAUGCACUUCAUCUAUUUCUCCCAGUAAGCAGAUAGGAUCACUGGUUGACAAACACAGCAAAGCAUCCAAGAGAGAAACACCAUACUCUAGAAAUAGCCCCAUCACCAAACCAAAAGUCAAAAGUCCAGCUCAAAAGCAGAGAAAACGUGUGCAGAAUAAAGUUGCUGCCACAAGAUACCGUGUAAAAAAACGAAGCGAGCAAGAAAGGCUUUUUGACGAACUUCAAGAAAAAGAGAAGGAAAAUGCUGACUUGACAGACCAAAUGGCAUCAAUCAGUAAAGAAAUAGAAUAUUUGAAAAACUUGAUGUUAGAGGUGUACAAAACAAAACAGAAAAACGAGCAAAAGAAGAUUGUAGUAGAAGUAGCUUGAGACCUAUUAUUUUGCACGCAUAACAUACUAGAAAUUUGUAAAUAUAACCGCAUGCUUCUAUAACUUAUUCACAUUAUUGACCAAGUUACAUUGUAUCAUAAUUUUUUCAUUAUGCUUUUACGAAAAUAAAUAUUGAACAAAAAUAA